AUGUCGACCCCCAACAGCGAAGACCACGGCGCCUCUCGAUAUGAAGACAAGUCGCAGCCAAAGGAUGCCGACGGCACAGUCAUCUCCACCAUGUCCCGCGGCUAUGCAGCCGAUUCUGUCGACGGCGAAGGCUUCCCAGCGCACGUCGACGAAAAGAAGCUCAUGAGGAAGGUCGACUUACGUCUCAUCCCAUGGCUUUCUGUCCUCUACCUUCUCUCGUUCUUGGAUCGAUCCGCUAUCGGCAACGCUCGUCUCUACGGACUUGAGAAGGAGCUCAAACUCACUAGCACCCAAUACGGAUUGGCAUUGACUGUGUUCUUCUUUCCCUAUGCACUCUUCGAGGUGCCCUCCAACAUCCUGCUCAAGCGACUCCGCCCCUCGAUUUGGUUCCCCAUCAUCACCAUGCUGGUCGGAAUCUGCAUGCUCUCUCAAGGCCUCGUUCGCAACUACCACGGUCUGCUCGUUGCUCGCUUCUUCUUGGGCGUGACCGAGGCAGGAUUGUUCCCUGGCGCGCAAGUCCUCUUGUCCGGAUGGUAUAAAAGAUCAGAGUUCGGGUUGCGCUCCUCUGUCUUCUUCUCUGCCGCAACUAUCUCAGGAGCCUUCGGCGGCCUCCUCGCCUUCGCCCUCAACAAGAUGAACGGUGUAGGCGGAUACAGUGGAUGGCGCUGGAUCUUCAUCAUUAUUGGGUUGCUCACAUUCCUAGCCGGUGUGUUGAGCUACUGGCUUUGUGUCGAUUUCCCCGACACCGCCAGCUUUUUGACAGACUCGGAACGUAGAGCCGUGAUCUACAGACUGCAACAAGAUCAACAAUUUUCAGCUGCGGGCGAGGGCUUCAGGUGGGCUAAUGUCUGGAAGGCUUUCUUGGAUUGGAAGACAUGGGUGGGCAUGGGCGCUUACAUAGGCUGCGACGCUCCGCUCUAUGCAUUCAGUCUGUUCACACCUACCAUCACGAAAGCCAUCAACGUCAAGUGGUCGGCCAACGUGGCCAACUUGGUUUCAAUUCCAAUCUACAUUGUGGCAUGUCUUAUCACGAUCGUGGUUGGUUUCAUGGCGGAUCGGACGUCGCGAAGGACACUAUACUCCAUCGUCCUGUCCGUCCUUGGUGUGGUGGGCUAUAUCAUCUUGAUCUCCAACGACCCCAAGCACAAGCCCGGGGUUUCGUACUUUGCCAUCUACCUCGCUGCUAUUGGCAUCUACCCCAUGAUUCCAAACACAAUCGCCAUCGUGGCCAACAACAGCGAAGGCGCUUACGUGCGAUCGGUCGUCCUGGGCAUCGUCAUCUCGUUUGGUAACAUCAACGGUGCUGUCAGUUCCAACAUCUACCCCAAGAACACCAGUCCACGCUUCAUCAUGGGACACGCCAUCGUCCUCGCCUACAUCGUGAUCGGCAUCAUCUGCAACAUCAUCUUCUACUUUGGCCUGCGAUACGAGAACCGACAGCGCGAAGCUGGCAAGCGCAACGAGACUAUCCUCGCUGACGACCCUGCAAUGUUGGCUUCGGGCAAGGAUCUUCAAGCCGAGGCCGCGCGAAUCCGAGCUCAGGAGAUUCACGGCGCAGGUCUCAUCGGUGGGCUCUACCGCCGAUUGCACAUCGGAGGCGGAGGUACCUAUGCUACUUGGGAAGAGGCAAAGAUGCUCAAAGGUGACCAAGUUAGUUCGUUCAGGUACCGCUUGUAG